AUGAUUUCAAUGGUUUAUGACUUUAAUCUUAAUCUUCAGUACGAUCAUAAACAAAACAUUUGGCGAGUUUGUGAAAUGGAUAAAAACAAUAAAACCAGAAGGUUGGACCAACAAACUAAAGCCCUUCUGAAACAACAACAAAAAAAGUUCGUUUUCGUUCUUUUCAUCCAUCCACAAACCACUACUGAUGAUGAAUUUUUGUCAUUCACAUUUGGUCCUUUUAUGAAUAAAGCAGAAAUGAUAAAUGGUCAAGUUCAAACAUUAGAAAUGGAACAUGUUAAUGACUUUAAUUCAUUCAUAGUUGGUGGCUUAGUCAGCAAAAAAAGACCAUAA